UCCAAAGAGCCUGUUCCCGUUGCGCGCAGCCGGUGGAGUAGUGUGUAUAUAUAGGGCAUUUGGAUCGUGAAGAGGACAAGCACCCACCAUCGGCCAGUUGAAUCCCCAUCAACAUUCAGCAAAGUAAGUAUUCGUGAUGGAGAACAACCGGACCAACCAGCAGCAGCCUCCGCCGCCGCCACCAGGUUACCCGACGUUGGAUGGGGAGCAAGGCGUCGGCGGCGGGAAGAAGAAGGCCCGGACGUCGUCCAGGGGCGAGAAGGGCUUCCUCGAAGGAUGUAUCGCCGCGCUGUGCUGCUGCUGGAUCUGCGAGAUGUGCUGCGACUAACUAAUUAACCAGCGAGCUAGAGAGCUUUGUGCUUCCACAAGACGAGCGACUACUCCAUGGGCGUAUUGUGUCACAGUGUUUGUUGUUUUAGGUUCCCCACGUACGUACGUAGUACUUCGAAAUAACUGAAAUUAUCAGUACUAUACCCAGCUAGCUGUAUGUCGUGUGUGUAUGUAGUGGUAUUGUAACAUUCAUGUACUGUACGUGUUGGUGUGAUAUUCAUGUAGUAGUAUUGAUAUUUCCGAUCGGUAUAAUUUAGCAAGUA